GUGACAACGCUCCAAAGGUGCUGGUGUUCACUACAGACGGAGAUUACCUCAUGUCCUGGAAUACAACCACCCUGGAGAAGCCUCAUGGAAUAUUUCUAGCAGAUGCAGCUUCAUCAAACCCCACCGUGUGGAUCACAGAUGUGGGGAACGGCCCGUAUGGUCACUGCAUCAAACGGUACACGCCAUCAGGAAAGUUGCUACAGGUGCUUGGAACGCCAGGAAAAGCAGGUUCUGGACUGGACCCCCUGCAGUUUGAUCAGCCCGCCGAGAUAUUUGUCCACGACUCUGGGGAAAUUUAUAUUGUGGACGGUGAUGGAGGGAUGAACAACCGCCUCAUUAAGCUGUCCAAAGAGCAGAAGGUGAUGUGGAUGCAUGGAGAGAAAGGACAAGGCCUAGCUCAGUUCUACAUCCCACACAGCGUGACCGUGGACACGGCCCAGAGGGUGUGGGUGGCUGACAGAGGAAACAAGAGGAUCCAGGUUUUUAAUUCUGUCACCGGGGAGUGGCUGGGGACGUGGGGGAGCUGCUUUACUGAAGAUGCACCCUAUUCUGUGCGCCUUACCCCAGACAAAAAGUACUUUGUUGUUGUCCAGCUCAACACCAAUCAGAUUUCACUGCUGGAUGCGCCGCCUGUAGGCAUGAUUGGCCAGUGCAGAGUGGUCAGUGUGAUCCAGUUGGCUGAUGAUGUGAAGCCCCACUUGGUAGACCUAGACCUGAAAACUGGGGCUCUGUAUGUGGCUGAGAUCGGAGCUCAACAAGCACAGAAGUUCACCCCCUUUAGUCUGGGUGAAAACUUCCUGUGACACAAGCUAAAACAGCCUGACUGAUCAUAAACGGUUUAUGAUCGAGCGUCAACAAACAGGAUGUUUAAUCCUUUUAAUUAGCUGGCUUGAAUCAAAAAUCAAAAGGGGCUCUAUCGUGUACUUUACAACUCUUUUUCUUUCUGGGACUCCACUACAGCAGCUUUGCAUGAUCACAGUAAGCCCACUGAGGCCCAAGUUUAAUCCAUGACAACCCCAACUUUAAACUCUAACCGGAGACAGUCCGAAUAUUUCUGUGGUUUAGAAAAUGUUCUGCUGAGUAUCAGGGAACAAACCACUCACCAAAAACAAACUAACACGUUCUCUAGAAUAUAGGGCUAGACUUGGGGUCCAAUCACUAAUAGAGGGUUAAAGAAACUGCCCUUUAUUUUAAAGUGAACUUUAAAACUGAAAAGUAAUACAAUUUCACAGCCUUUUGCUCAGUGGAGUUAAUUUUACCUCCUCAGUUGAAGCCUGUCCUCAUUAAAUGUGAACAAACAGUUUAGUCUUGUAGACAUGCACGAAGAGGGGAGAUGAAAUGAGGUCUCCUUUAAGCAAAGACUGGUCUCAGAUUCACUUCAGUUGAAUUCAGUUGUAUUUACAUAGUGCCAAUCUACAACAGCAGUUGCCUCAGAGUGUUUUAUAUUGUGAUGUAAAAACGAUAUGACAGUAAUAGACAGAAACCCCUCUGAGCAGGCAGAACCAGGCCCCUCCGGCCCGGCGGCUGAAGCAGAAGAGAGCAAAGAGACAAACUCGAGCCAGAGUUAAUCACUGAUGAUUAGAUCCUGCAUUACAACAACGUCUUGUUCUUCUGCUGCUGCAUUAACUAGUUUCAGCUACUUUUCUGAUUUUGUCUUUUGUCAAAAUAAGAUAAAUGUGAAACAGAGUAUCAUGGUGAUUUGUUUUAUCAGGCUGUUGUUGUCGGUCCUCGCUGUAGUCAUGUGCCAUUUGUAAUGUUCUGAUUUUGCACUGUUUCAGCAGAUCAGAGCCUCUCUGAGAUGUGUUCCUUCUUUGCUGCAGACACUUUAAGUUUGUGUGUUUUGCCUGAACCAGAAUCUGGUUCAAGCAAAAGGCUGGAGCUGUUCUGAUAAUAUCAUCUGAUAAUAUUGUUAAUUCAUGUAUGAUUGAUUUGUGUUUUUUGACACAGCAGAUGUAAAUAUUUUGCAGCAUUUUACACAUUAAAAUCCAUCCUAAUGCUGUCAGCACUCAUCAUUGAACACGAGCAGCCAUAAAGCUGUGUCCAUCACGUGGUCAGGGCCUUUCCAGAGUCUAAUCUGGCCUCUUUUCCUUGAGCACAACGAGUGGUUUGCAUGUUGGUGGAAACAGGAUUGUACAUCUAGAAUCAAGGUGUUUCCUAACUGUAGUUUCUGACUUGGCUAAAUGUUGUGAAAGACUUUUCUCCACAGUCAUUCACUUUGAGUUAUUCUGUGCUUUGCACGGUAAUAGUCACCCGCCACCAUCAUCACCGUGCAGUGCAAGAAUCUGCUUUGCUCAGAUGAGACAUGCUUUCGUGUUUAGAGUAACGGGAUUGUUGUAUAUAUUCUCCCCUCAUUAACAUUCAUCGACCGCAGCUGUUUGUGGAGGCUUGUACACAUCAGUGCAAUGGAAUACGAUUUAUGGGCAGUUUAACGUUCUGACUUUGUUUGUUUGGCUUCUUCCAGUAACAACUCAAUGAUACAUUAGAACGUGACAGCAGUCGGGAUGUGAUCAGGAAAAUCAGCCUAAAGUAUGAAGCUUGAUAAUGCAGAUCCAUAACAAGGGUCUGGUUAUGGGAAGAGCCUUAUAACAUACACUGCUGAGCAGCGGGGGAAUGAGGAACAGGUGACUGCAUAAGUCAGGUGACUACAGUCACAUGGCUGACAAACAGGCAGAGCAUGUUUACUGAGCAGGGUCAGAAAUCAGAUUUAGUGCGGCUGAAUCUUAGUCAGAAUAUCUCAGCCUCUACUGCUUUGGUUACUCGUAGAUCACGUAUGUUUCUUCCAUAAUUUCAUUAUAAAUGUCAAUCAUUGUUUAUAUUCAUUGUGUUUAAGAAUCGUUGCCACUCACUGGUUUACGACAUUAAUCUGUGAUCCCAUGAGGCACAUUUUCAGACUUGUUGGAGACUGCUGUAAUAUGUAAACAGUUGGUCUGUGUAGUUUCAAAAGAUCAUUUUCCAAUACUGAGUUCAUCCAAACAUGUAUUACUGUCUGCUCUAAAUGCAACUACAAUUUAAAUCCUUUACAUUCAAUAAUAGUCUGUCUUUGGGAAAUUGAUUUGCAGAAUAUCAACACAUCAAACAACACACAAAGGUGUCAGGUCACUUUAAGUAGCAUCCAGUAAGGGUCCCUGUCUGUCUGUCUGAAGCGCUUUUAUUUUGGUGGAUUGUGUUUAGGUGCUACCACUAGGUGGAGCUGUAUCCACAUAGUUUGUACGUCUCUCCUGCUUCUACAGCUGAACGCCAAUAAAGAAAUACAGCAUGAUGAA